AUGGCUUCUCACUUCGCCGUCCUUUACAUCUUAUUGUCUCUGCCUUUCUGCGUGAGUUACCUAGUCUCGUGGGGUCUGUAUCACUGGGCCAACCGUCACAGCUCCAGCCGAGAUGUACGACUCCCCCCACGCCUACCAGCGGCCAUCCCCAUCCUGGGCCAUACAAUUCCUUUCCUGUUCGACAGUGCAUCUUUUGUGACCCGCGUAACCGCAUAUGCGGGCAAACUCUCCUGCGUUCGAAUCUCGCUCUCCAUGACGGGGAUCUAUCUUUUCCAGGAGCCGGAAGCGGUAGCCGCACUGUGGAAGCACCCCCUUCUGUCCAGUCCCAUCUUCAUCUAUACCGUGGGGCUGCGGUAUCUCUUUGGCAUGAAGGACAAACCGUUGGAGACAUACACCGCAGACGAUACGGGGCCUUUUCGCCGGCCGCACUCUGGCACCAAUGUCGCACCUCAUAACCGGAGCAUCAAUACGCAGCGGCUGCAGAUGAGUCUAAGUCCAAGGCACGAGCCGGGCCACCGCCAUCAUCCAUGGAGGCCGAUGCCGGACCUGCUGCAGUUCUUUCGCGAUCAUGUCGGCCGGGCGAUCUUGGAGUCGCUCCUCGGGCCGCUGCUGUUGAACGCCAAUCCCAACUUCUUGGCGACGCUCUGGGAGUUCGACGAGGCGACGCCGUGGCUGGCGAAACGGUUGCCGUGA